ACUGGUACUGUACAAGCACCGCUUUCGACUGUUCCACCAUCUCUCGCUUACCCUCUGGCCAUCCUCCAAAGACCCAAUUCUACGAUGAGCAAUUUAGAAAAGACUCUGUUUCAACUGAAGUUCACGGCAAAGACUCUCAGUCGUCAAGCUAAGAAAGCACAGAAAGACGAGAAUGCCGAGAAAUCACGCCUGAAGAAGGCACUUCAGCAGGGUAACACCGAUGGCGCAAGGAUAUAUGCUGCGAAUUCUAUCAGGAAGAAGAGCGAGGCUCUGAAUCUGUUACGCCUCUCGAGCCGUGUCGAUGCCGUCGCUAGUCGAGUCGAGACUGCUGUUACGAUGCGACAAGUUACGGGGAGCAUGACUUCGGUAGUCAAAGGAAUGGAUAAGGCCAUGGAGAAUAUGAACUUGGAGAGGAUAUCGCUUGUAAUGGACAAAUUCGAGUCACAAUUCUCCGAUCUCGACGUGCAGACGUCGUACAUGGAGGAGACGAUGUCUAACACGACCGCAGUGUCAACACCACAAGACGAGGUGGACGCACUCAUGAAGCGAACUGCAGAGGAGGCGAACAUAGAACUGGAGCAUGAUCUGGCGGCCAAAGAUCUUGCCCGUGUUCCAGACCUUACUCAGAAGGAGAAGGUUGGUGAAGAAGAUGACAAGUUGGCUGCACGUCUAAGGGCCUUGAGGCCGGCAACUUGAAUGCACUCCUUUUUUCGCUGUACAUGUAAUGUCUUUUCUCGUUACGCUCUGUCUGGAUGAUGAUGAUAUCACUGUAGAUGUAUUGAUACAAUAGGCCGGUCUUUCCAUCGUUGGAUUAUAUUGCUACUGUUUUGCUGCAACCCAUGCUCAUCGGUUCCAUGACCUAGCCAGGGUGUAAAUUCGACAUGCCAUUUGACUGUCUUUUUGCCACAACUACUCAUCCGAGUGCUUCCACGUCUUUCGCAAACCCGGGCAUAGUAGAAUCGCUUUCAGUUCAGGCGGGGGAACCGCGCAUUAUCUCACAGGGUAUGGCGAAUGUACUUCUAGAAUCGCUUACGCCAGCGUUCCACAGUUUCAACUCCGACUUGACUCGUGUAUAUACAGUAGGUGUGUCCUCCGGUUUUCUCAGUCUAAUAGUCUUCAUUUGUGUCGACUGCACCGUU